AUGUGGGAGGAACCCGCAAAAUGUGCAAAUUGUGGUGGAAACCACACCGCAAACUACAAAGGAUGCCAAUCCCUUAAAAAAUUACUAAACCGCACCAAACCUAAAGCUAAAAAAAUAAAUAAAGAACAGCAACCUAUUCCAACACUUGCUAUACCGCCUAUACCACCUCCAUCUCGAAGAAGUGGAAAUGAAGCCUCCAGUUCAAACUCAAAAGGAAAACCGUCAUACGCCGAAAUCGCAGCUAACAGACCACCACCCGAUCAAUCUCUACACAUCAUCACCAAAUUCCUCGACGAACUAAAAUCUAUACUUAACCCCCUUCUUACUGUAUUAACAUCCCUAAUAAACAAAAUAACACUCCCUAUAACCCCUACUCCAUAA